AUGGGAUCACUUGCCCAAGGUCUUCUGUGGCAAGAUACAACCAAAGUGUUCCACCACCUUCAUGAUCUUCAACUAGUCAGCCGAAGGUUGUCAUUCGAGACUCCCGCGCUUGCGGCCCUGCGCAAGGUGAUUCUCAAUUUCACCUUUGCGGAUUACUUUCACCUCAUCAAUAUCUCCAGCGAUGAGGAAAAUCCGUUCAAUCCAUGCUGGAAGCUUCCGUGCAGGUCGCUCGAGCACCUACUCGGUGCACGUUCCCUCUAUCGACUGGAGUUCCACUUCUCAGCAAGUCCUAUCACGUCACGAGACAGGAGAGGAGAGGACCCAUUCCGUCACUUCCGUGUAGAUUUGAACCGAUUGUCAUGCCAGAAAACCCUGGUGGAGAUGAUUCUCACGGCAUUCUACAUGCAUUUCUUGAUCAAGAUGAGGGACUUCCCUCGUGUCAUUCUAUCGGGUCUAGUCACCGAUGAGCAGAAGGCGAGGUGGGAAGCUAUUUUGAACGGCAGCGUCAACGAGAAAGAUUCAUCAGCGAUGCAGGAAUCUUACAGGGGUUACCAGAACAUCUCUGUUGAGGAUCUGUGA